AUGCUUGCUGAGAAUAAACUUGAAGAAAAACUAGACGACGCAACCAAUAAGGAAUCAGUGGAUGAGAAACCAAAAGCAGCAGUGAAAGAAGUCGGUGACGAUGAAAAUAUUAGUGCUUUGGAAGACGUUGAGGAGAGCCCACAAAGUGUCGUUAGUGCUGUGAUAAAACCAUACAAGGUGAAACAUUCGGCCAGCACUGAUAGCGGUAAUCCCAUUUUUAUAACUAUUCCGAUAUAUGUGAAUUCAGGCUCAGGCCUACCAGUGACACUUUCAAUAAGUGGUCAGCAGGUACCACUUAAAGCGUAUCGUCAAGGCAUUGCAAGUAGAUGGGAUACUACGCGGAAAGAAGCCUCGCCCACUUCACUAUACAAUAAGUUGCUUUAG